AUGCGGGCCCUCACUCUGCUGUUGCUGUGCUUCGCCUUUUCCGCGGCGGCGCUUCGGCUUCCCGCGCCGUUGCCACGAUCCAAUCGUGCCUCGUCAACGCAGCCGCCGCCGCCGCUGCCCGCACUACUCUCGUCGGAGCAGCUCCUCGGCCGCCGCGCCACGAUGGUCAGCGUCAUUGCCACGCUCGGCUUUUCACUUCCAGCUUCGCUGCCAGCGCAUGCAGACGCGGCCGGGCGGGUCGAGGCGGCGGCGAAGGCGAGGGAGAAAGAGCGCGCCGCGAGGGAUCGGGAGCGCACCAAGGCGACGGCGCAGGCAAGGCCGGAGGUCGCGGCGGCUCAGAAGAAGCGCAAGGCGGCCGAUGACAAGAAGAGGGCGGUGGUGACGAAGGCGCAGUCGGCGGCGGCGUCAAAGGAGAAGGCGCGCAAGCAGCGCAAGCAGGCCGAGGCGGACAAGAAGAGGCGGGCAAAGGAGGCGCGAGCCAAUCGCGCCAUCACACACGCAUUUUGGACCCAUUCGACACACGGCAACGCAACCUCCUCUCGCCGCCUUCUCGCCCACCCACUCUCACCUCGCACACAGCUCUCCCCCACUCUUGCAGGCGAUCCAGACGCGGCAGGCGUUGAGCGGCUCAAGUCGCAAAAGGCGCAGCGCGCGAGGGCGCCUCGUCGGCCCAGCCGCGGCGGCGGCGCAGGAGGACUCCUCUCCAACGUCCUCGUCCUCGGGACGGGCGCCGCGGUCUACCUUGGCGUGCUGGGCGACGACAGCUCCACCGGGGAGGCCUAGCCGGGCUAGGGCGCUAGAUCGGGCAACCCGAGCCCUGCCGAGCUCCUGCGCUGCGGGGGCCGUUUUGCGAAGGGCCGGGGUGCCCACUGCCCCCGGUGGGAGAGCCUGCGCGCUCGUGCGUCGCGGCGUGCCUCACGAGUGUGGUGGUACGGACACACAGAGCUCACGGGCUCCUCACAGAGCGAGAGCCGUCUCUCGGGUCUCGCUCUCGGGAGUCUCUCGGUCGCAGCCGCAGGGUAGGACGUGUCGAGAGCUGGCCGCUGCAUAUUAUACACGCAUGUUCGUUUUG